CUCAUACCAGUGUCCUCCUUCCAUCAGAUACCGCCACGUCAUCGGAAUCGAGCUCGUCAGGCUCUACUUCAUCAACUGAUUCAUUGCCAACAUCUACCGCGGCGCCCGCAACAGAUUCCACGAUCUCCACCGUCACUUCCUCUUCGACUGAUGGGAAUUUCAUCUCCAGUUUGACCAGUAUUCUCUUUUCUGGAGACUCGACCACUUCAUCUGUCGAAUCGACCACCAUCUCUGAUUCUAGUUCGACCCCUGUCAGUACAGGUACACCAGCCUCGACCACUGCCGAUACCGCGACUUCGAGCCCUGCAGCCGCAUCCUCCUCUGAUGGCGGAGUCACGGCCACCAGCUCCGCUGAUGCUCAAACGACUUCUUCGAGCGAUGCAUCGGCAUCUACGUCAUCUUCGGAUAGUAGUAGCAUGGUUGGUUCUCCCGAUUCCACAUCCUCGAGUGCAACAGAGGCACCCGCCUCCACGUCCUCUUCGGAGGGAUCUGCUUCGACUACCGCUAUCGACUCGACGGGCAGUACUGAUGGUCCAGUUUCCACGUCAGCGACUGAUGCACCUGCAUCGACUUCGACUGAUGAUGCCUCUACAUCAACUUCUUCAGAUGAAAGUAGCGUUCUUAAUCCCACACAGCCCGCCUCCAGUGGAUCAGAGCCUCCCGCGUCCACCUCCAGCAGUGCAGAUGCACCGGCUUCCUCCUCCUCAGAUGGGGGGAUCCUGAGUAGUAUUACGAGCAUCCUGUUUUCUUCGUCAACCGGUUCAGAUGUGCCAACCUCGACUUCGGAUGCGCCUGUUUCCACCUCUUCGGACAGUGGUAGCGCUACCGUCUCUACUCCUCCCGAAUCGACGUCCGGUGGUACCUCUGUCCCCGUGUCUACAACGUCGGAUGGAAGUUCUGUUACCGCCAGUGCCUCCGUCUCAACGCCCACUGACAGUGGUUCCGCCUCAGCGACAGGUUCCAUCUCUGUCUCCGUCUCGAUUUCUGUCCCCGUCCCUGUUUCCUCUACUGACAGCAGUGUGUCGGUGACGCAGAGUGGGAGCGCCUCUGCUAGUGAUAGCAUUUCAGCUACCCAGAGCGCAUCAGUAACCGAUAGUGUACCGGCCACCCAGAGCGCAUCGGCAACCGAUAGCGCAUCAGUGACGCAAAGUGCAAGCGCCUCCGUCACUGACACUGCAUCAGCAUCAGUAACGCAGACCGCAAGUGUCUCUGUCACUGAUAGUGCAUCGGUUUCUCAGAGCGGAAGCGUCUCUGCAACAGAGAGUGUUUCGGCGACUCAAUCCGCGAGUGUCUCUGCUACAGAUAGUGUUUCGGCGACACAGUCCGCAAGUGUUUCUGCUACGGACAGCGUGUCGGUCACUCAGAGCUGCAAGCGUUUCUGCUUCUGAGAGUGUGUCGGUUUCCCAGAGCGGCAGUGUUUCUGUUACGGAGAGUGUGUCAGUGACGCAGAGCGGUAGUGUCUCCGCUACGGAGAGCGUUUCGGCGUCCCAAACAGUAUCGGAAAGUGUUUCAGUAACACAAAGCGCCAGUGUUUCCGCUACAGACAGUGUUUCUGUUACUCAGAGCGGCAGCGAUUCCGUCUCCUUAUCGACGAGUGCUAGUGCGAGCGAAUCUGUAUCUGCCUCGUCGACUGGUAGUGCAAGUCAUUCUAUCAUCAGUGAGACGUACACCAACACGGCGACACUAUCGUCAACCUCGACCAUCACAUUCCCUUCCGGCACUAGUACU